GCAGCAGUGUUUAUAAAUGUCCUAUCACACACAUUCUGUGGAGGAACAUGAAAUGUCUCUGUAGGACCACCAGUGCUCAAAGCUCCCGCAAAGCUUUGCAAAGUUGGUAAUUCUUUUUACUUCUGUCUGGAAAAUAUUCCUACAGUCUGUUUGUCCAGUAUAGGCUACCGUCCAGCUCAUGUGGAAGAAUGGCAGGAGAUAAACUGUUACUACCGGUGAUACUGAUGUCUGUGAUGAUGGAUUUGCUACCAAUACGUACAUCGUAUGGACAACAGUUGGCAGACGAUUCGUGCACAGUUCAGAUCCUUGUCCCCGGACUCAAAGGAGAACCAGGAGAAAAAGGGCAAAAAGGUGCACCAGGGAGACCGGGAAGAGUUGGCCCUCCAGGAGAGAUUGGCCAACCUGGGCUUAAAGGAGAGAAAGGCAUUAUGGGACGUUUCGGGAAAGUUGGCCCCAGUGGAGUGAAAGGGGUCAAGGGGGACAUGGGCGAUCCGGGUCCGAGGGGCCCCAACGGAGAGCCAGGUGUUCCAUGUGAGUGCACACCAAUGAGAAAGCUGAUUGGAGAAAUGGACAUUCUCGUGACCCAGCUUUCCUCUGAACUAAAAUUCAUUAAAAAUGCACUGCCCUCCCCCGCAGCUGUUGCUGGCAUAAAAGAGACAGACAGUAAGGUGUAUCUGUUGGUGAAGGAGGAGAAGCGCUACACCGAUGCGGAGGCCUACUGUCAGACCAGGGGAGGGCACCUGGCCAUGCCCAAGGAUGAGGGAGCCAACGCGGCCAUAGCGGGAUACAUAACGGAAGCGGGCCUGAACCGAGUCUACGUCGGCAUUAACGACCUGGAGCGGGAGGGCGAUUUCACCUACGUCGACCGCUCUCCCAUGACCACUUUCAGCAAAUGGAGAAAAGGGGAGCCCAACAACGCCUACGAUGAUGAGGACUGCGCUGAGAUGGUGGCCUCCGGGGAGUGGACCGAUGUGGCGUGCCAUCCCACCAUGUAUUUUGUUUGUGAAUUUGACAAAGACAGUGUCUGAGCUCAGUCCGUGUGAAGCUACAUGAAUGAAUAACUCAGCAAAAGUAUUGUUCAGAUUGUAUCCUCCGUCUGUAAAUAGGACAACAAAAGUGACAAGAGUAUAUUUUUCACUAUUUUCUUUCGCCUUGUGAGUUCAUAAGCUGUUUAUUUUCCAAACUGACAAAACAACCUUGCUUUUAUUAACAGCUUUCCACCGUAAUCUCAUAUUCUGAGAUUCAUUAAUGUGUCCAACAGCAGACCAAGACUGCGUGUUGAUUUUUUAUGUUAUGCAAACUAUCCAACGAGCAACGUCUGCAACAUUGCUGUUGGCAAACCAGGCAACUUAGCAGAGGGCUGUAGAUUAUGCAUGAAAGUAUACAAUUAUAAGACAGGUUCUUAUUUAUCAGAAUUACAUAAUGAAGCAUGCAUUCUACAUUCAUAUUCAUGUAAUAAGUUAUGUGGCUGUUAAUAAAAAUUCACAAAUAAUUUAAAAAA